CUUGAGCAAUCUGACACUGAAAGGCUCGAGCCCUCAGCCACUCGCUCGCACACUCGCACUCACACAGCGCUCGCCUCGCCGGCUGGACACACCGAGUCUCUGCCCCCCAAGAAGAAAGUUGGCUCUGACCAUGAACACGGCACUCCUGCUCCUGCUCCUGCCCUGCGCACUGGCUCUGGCCCAGGAUGGCAGGAGGCACCACAAGCCAUCUGCUAGUCUUUCUCCACCCGGGGAAUUCAACUCCAGCACACAGAGUACGACAGUAACAAAUCCAACGAGCAAGCAGCACUCGACGUCUCCAAUCAAACCAACAACUCCCAAGACCACCAAGAGUCCCACACACUCGCCAACCCCUGCCAAGACCACCAAGAGUCCCACACACUCGCCAACCCCUGCCAAGACCACCAAGAGUCCCACACACUCGCCAACCCCUGCCAAGACCACCCACCACACGACAGCACAUCCCACCAUGCAGCCCAAAACUACCUCACCUCCCCCAAAGCCCACCCCCAGUACCACCCUGGAAGUCGGCAACUACAAUGUUAAAAACGCCUCCGGUGUCUUGUGUGUGCUCUCCCAGAUGGCCGUACAGAUUCGGCAGUCCGGCUCCAGCCCCAAUGAAACGGGCACCUUCAUCAUUCAGCCCAACAAGACGGAAACUAAAGGGAGCUGUGACGAUUCCAAAGCAAAUUUCACACUGGUCUUCCUUGAGGGGAGCCUCACCUUCCUCUUCCAGAAGAACGCCACGGCGAACAGCGUCUACGUGAACUUCGUCUCGUUCGACGUCAACUACCCCAUCAUCGCCUCAGGUCCCACCCAACACUCGGCCGUGAACAACUCGCUGAACCUGUUCGGCGUCGCCGUGGGCCGCAGCUACUCCUGCACGAAUGUCUCUGUGUACAUGGGACAGGGCUUUCACCUGGACGUCACCCAUGUUCGCAUGCAGGCCUUCAACUUCACCAAUGGCAAAUUUGGCGAAGUUCUCACGUGCCCUCUCGACCAGACCAACUACAACGUGGCCAUAGCGGUGGGCAUCGUCCUGCUCGUCCUCAUCAUCAUCGUCGUACUGGCCUACUUCAUCGGAAAGAGGAAGAAGAUGGACGGCUACCAGUCUCUGUAACAGCUGCCCUAUGGGCACGGUCAAAGGGAUGACAAUCAGUGCUGCAUUAUCAUAUUGUAUUUACCAUGUAUGUACUUCUGCCACUUGUCCCACUCAUACAUACCUGUACACAUGUCUGCGUGCGUCACAGACCCGUGCGCAGGGCCCUCGUGCCUCCAGUGUCCCCCAAGGUGGCCAGCACUCACCAGCACACACACAGGCUGCACCGCCACUGAGUUCUGGCCCACACACGCCACGCUGACUGACACCGUGCAGCUCAUACUAACAAACUGACAUGUCGUUCUUUGGAAGGAGCACACGCACACAAAGCGAGGGCGCAAAAGCUGUAAAAGGGGAAGCCACAUGUCAUCGUGUUCCUUACAGGGCAAAAGGAAAGAUGAUUUACAUUCAAUGUCUUCUUUGCUAAAAUCAAAUAAUCGUUUUAAGGUCUACGAUCAGUUCAGAUGCUCAUGAUUUGCAUUUAAACAUUUCAGCAAAAGCACACAAAAAUUCAUUUUACUGUCGACUAUUCUUUCAUGUGUUUUUACCUUAAAUAUUGGUCCGCAUGUGUGAAAAGCCACAUGGCAAAGCGGUCAACAAGGAUUUCAGCUGAA